AUGUCUAACGUCAAGCAAAAAUAUGCUGCAGAAUCAUCACUUCUUACUCUGCUGGAUGAAAAAAAUAGAGCUAUUAAAUUAUUACAGAAGCAGGUUCAAAAUCAAAAAUUGCAGCUGAAAUAUUACAUCAGAAAAGAGCUAAAACCACCAAAAAUACAGGGUUUUUCCGAAAAAUGUUGCGGAGAUGUCAUAGAAGAAAGCAUACCCUUAGGUCUUGCGAUGACAAAAUUCCGAAACGAAACUGGAAUAAAAACAAGAUCCUACAGCCUCUACGAAAAAAUGUUACGAAUCGACCAAAAAAUCAGCGGUAUGCUGAAUAACCAGCAACAAAUACUCAAACGAAUGGUUAAAACUAUGUUCAUGACCACCCAAAACGAGCAGCAAACUCAACCAGCCUGGUUCAACCUAUACCCAAUACACAUAGAAAUUUUCAACAAACUGAUGUAUAGAACCAUGGCUCUGGCCAAAAGCUUGAAUAUUUUCAGGAUUUGUUGUGACAGGCUGAUGGUGCAGGAAGAUGAAAGAAACACGAUUGUUGAGCAGGUCUACUCCAAACCAGUUAAAGAACGACUGGAUUGCAAUGUACUGGUCAGCGUACACAUGGAAAGGCUUAGAUUGGAAAACGAUAUAAAGUACAUAUUAAAACAACAACAUUUGCUAAGAACAAAAGUAAAACAGAUCCUGAUUCUGGAUAAAAAAAUAAAACACGUCCACUUUGCGCAAGACAGUAAAGUGUUCGUAUCGUUUUCAGCUCUGGUGCUACAAAAAGUGAACCAACUGAAAAGUCAAGCUUACUGCAUUCUUGAGAGUACAAUAAAGCAAAGAACGAAGAUCCCCGACACAAUCGCACCCACAUUCGAAAGAAAAUCGGUGGUUAAGAUAUUGAAGACCGCUUUGGAGCAAUUGAAGCUUCGCGAUUUCACCGUUCCAGAAGAUUACGCGCUGGAAGAGAAGGAUUUAUUCAAGAAGAUCUUGAGUGUGCUCGACUUGCAAAUCAACGCGAAGGCAGUCAAGCGAUACGUUUACAAAGUUAAUCAGUGCCGAAUUUUGCAGAACGAGCUGCAAGGGCUCUAUGUCGAACGAGAGAAGCUCACUCACUCUAUGACCCUGCUGGAGGGUGAAUUGCAAAAGCUUAAAUUAAAACAGUCCGUCGAUGCCUUAAAGCUGAUGCAAGAAAAUAACGCACUCAAGAUUCAAGUGGAAGAUGUUAAACCAAUGCUGAAGGACGCUGGAGUGCAGUGCGAUAAGGGUUCCCUCGAUUCAGAGCAUCGUUUGGCCAUUAAAGAAAAGAACUUGAAAAUAUUUGAGCUGCAAAAUCUAAACACCACAUUGGAAAACCAAAAAAGCCGCUUUAAAAGUGUCAUAGCAAGAAAUAAGUCGCAAAUCGUGUACUUACUAAAAACAAUCAACGAAAAUUUGAUGAAAACCACCAAGGAUUCUUGUACGGAAAACGAUAGCCAAACCUACGUUGUGAACAGCAAAGUGUCUGUGGCUUUAUCCGCGUGUUCUACCGAAACCUACACGCUGGGUACGGAAUAUCACAGCAGCGAUAUCCAAUCGGAACAAAACAACGCGAAAAAGGAACUUCAGAAUUUGUUCUUCUCGAGUAAACCUGAUCUUUCCGAUGUAGCCGAAGAUGUAACAAACGACGAAAUAUCGUUCUCCUCCAUAAAGCCUUCGAAAACCUCUUUGGAAUCGCUAAGAAAAAACAUCACCCCCAAUUCUUCACCGAACGAGAGCAACUAUUGGAGGAACUAUAAUGAUUUGGAUAUAAGGAAAUCGCUUCAUCAGUAUCAGUAUUUAAAUCGCUUGGGUUCUGACAAUCCCGCGCUAUUCUUAAGAGGACAUUUCAAUCAUUUAUCGAACAUGCUGGCCAAAAAUAAGAUAAUCAGCACGAUUUAUCCCUACACAAAUCUAACUUCUGACAGCAGUUCGAAUUUUCAUUCAAGUACCUGUUUGAAUGGAUUUUUAUAUCGGGAAACAGCGUCAAUAGAAGAGCUAGAUUAUUAA